GUAUCACAUGCCGUUGCAAAGCUAGUAUUAGUUAGUUUCCACUGGCAAAUCUCAGAGAUUUUGGAAAGGCACAAGUCUAAUGCUGCCCAAUUGCUAGUAGAAGCACGAGUUCAGCCCACCUCAUCCAAACAUGCAAUGGUACAUUCCUCCCAUCACUGCGCAGUAUGCAUGCAGUUUGUCCGGAAGGAGAACUUGCUCUCUCUGGCUUGUCAGCACCAGUUCUGUCGCAGCUGUUGGGAGCAGCAUUGUACAGUGCUCGUCAAGGAUGGUGUUGGAGUCGGGGUCUCCUGCAUGGCUCAGGACUGCCUACUUCGGACACCAGAAGACUUUGUGUUUCCAUUGCUGCCUAGUGAAGAGCUGAAAGACAAAUACAGGCGCUACCUCUUCAGGGACUAUGUGGAGAGCCAUUAUCAGCUGCAGCUGUGUCCUGGUGCAGAUUGCCCUAUGGUCAUACAGGUACAAGAGCCAAAAGCCCGACGAGUGCAGUGCAAUCGUUGCAAUGAGGUCUUCUGCUUUAAGUGUCGGCAGAUGUACCAUGCACCUACAGACUGUGCUACCAUUCGGAAAUGGCUCACCAAAUGUGCAGAUGACUCCGAAACAGCCAACUACAUCAGUGCUCACACUAAAGAUUGUCCCAAGUGCAAUAUCUGUAUUGAAAAGAAUGGUGGCUGCAAUCACAUGCAAUGCUCCAAAUGCAAGCAUGACUUCUGCUGGAUGUGUCUGGGAGACUGGAAGACUCACGGCAGCGAGUACUACGAAUGCAGUCGGUACAAAGAGAAUCCUGAUAUUGUAAACCAGAGUCAGCAAGCACAGGCCAGGGAGGCCCUUAAGAAGUACUUGUUCUAUUUUGAGAGGUGGGAGAAUCACAAUAAAAGUCUACAGCUGGAGGCACAGACGUACCAACGAAUCCAGGAGAAAAUCCAAGAAAGAGUUAUGAACAACUUGGGAACAUGGAUAGACUGGCAAUACCUACAAAAUGCUGCAAAACUACUUGCAAAGUGUCGUUACACCCUGCAGUACACAUAUCCAUAUGCCUACUACAUGGAGUCUGGUCCCAGAAAGAAACUGUUUGAGUACCAGCAGGCCCAGCUGGAAGCUGAAAUUGAGAAUCUCUCAUGGAAGGUGGAGCGAGCAGACAGCUAUGACAGAGGGGACUUAGAGAAUCAGAUGCACAUAGCAGAGCAGAGACGGAGGACCCUGCUGAAAGACUUCCAUGACACAUAAGACAGAGAGGGAGUGACAAAGUGCAGGGGUGAGAACAGCGAGUGAAGUGAUGGCAACUUCACCAGGAUAAGCAGGCACUGCCUCUGGAGAACACGGCCAAGGACAAAGCCACCCCUCCCCUUGCAAGUCAGACACAUGCAAACACCACACAUCUUAGUCCAGUUUGUUCUCUUUAUCUUUCUGUUUCUGUUUCUGCCAGGCUAGAGGCCAGAGUUCAGAUGGGCAUAUAUUUCCUGGGACAUUUCCCUCCUGCCCUUGAUGGUUUCAGAAGGGGAGGGAGUUUUUCUCUGAAUGGCUGUUAAUAGUAUUAGAUCAUUACAAUUUAUGUAAUUUUCAACGGUUGUACAAUUAUACAGACAAACCUUAGAAUAACACACAACCCUUUUUAAAAAUAAAUUGGCAGUGGAGUGUUUUUCCUUAAUCUGCUUGUAAAUUUAAUGGGCUUUUCCCCCUCUCCCUUCCUCUGACCCAAAAAUCCUCCUAGGCACUGAAGGAGGUUACAAAAUAUCUCGGCUAGAUUUCCUGGUGCUCCUUUAACCAGGGCAUUGUCGCAUGGGCAUUGCACGAGGAGAGUGGCUUUUUGCUGCUGCUGUGUCUGACCCGACACUACUGGCAGUGGCCGUGAUUUAGUAUGAUUACAUGUGACAUCUCUUUUCUUGUAAAUCAGCUGUGCAAAAUCCUGCUACACAAACAAAAGCAAACAGAGGAAUUAUAGGGGAGAGACCAGGUUAAUACAAGGGGAUAUGCCUUGAGUCAGGUCAGAUACUGCAUUUGAUGAAUUUUAGGUCUUCCAUGUAGAUUUUUGCUUUACUUGUUUUUGUGGGGAGGGUGUUGUAUUGCCAAAGUGAGUGAUGAGGGAAUAGUAGCAUACAGUUGUUAAUCAAGGCUUGGGGCUUUUGCAGAGUGAAACAAUCCAUGUUAUAA